AUGACAAAUGCCUGCGGUGGAGAAGAACAUGCUGCAGCCCCCGCUUCCCGCCUGGAUGCCUCCGACCCAGAGCUGUACUACGAGGAGGAGGAGACGGAUGAGUCGGAGCCCUCGGACACCAGCAGCAUCUUCUCCGACGACUCCGUCUACCCUUGCUACGAGCUCUCCCUGGGGGCUGGUGGUGCUGGGGAGCUCAGCCUCUACCAGUGCUGUGCCAGGAAUGAUGCCAAGCUGGUGUGGGAGAGGCUGGAGCAUGGAGUGACCCGGAGCGAAGCCACGGAGCUGGAUAUCAACGGGAGGAACGGGCUGAUGGUCGCCUGCUACAAGGGCUUCGUGGACAUCGUGCCUCUGCUGCAGAAGUGCCCCUACAUAAACAUCAACCAGCAGGACAAGGACGGGAACACGGCCCUCAUGAUGGCAGCCCAGGCAGGACACAUCACCAUCGUCAACUACCUCCUCAACUACUACCCCGCGCUGGAGGUGGACAAGCGAGACCCCCGGGGCCUGACGGCGCUGAUGAAGGCUGCGGUGCAGGGACGGCAGGACUGCGUGGCCGCCCUGCUCCUGGCCGGAGCAGACCUGCGAGCAGUGGAUUCCAUCAAGGGGAAGACGGCCAGGGAGGCGGAGCAGUUCAGCACCCGGUACCGGCCCGAGUGGCCGGCCCUGGCCGAGCUGGUGGCCAAAGCCCUGAGGCCCAAAUCCAGGAGCAAGAGGCUGUUGGAGAAGGUCCGAUCCAUGUUCACCUUCAGCUUCCCCCACGACCCUGAGGAGGACGGCGUGAUGGACCACAUGGUGAGGAUGACCACCUCCCUCGCCAGCCCCUUUGUGGCCACCGCUUGCCAAACCAUCUGCCCGGACAGCCCCCCCGAGGUGGGCAAGCGCAGGCUGGCUGUGCCGGAGAUCCUCGGGCAGCACGUGCCAGAUCCGGAUGCCAAGCCAGAACCCACCUCGUGCCCCGGCACUGGUGCAUCCUCUUGCAAUUGCCAAGCUGUGUCGGAGAUCCGGCUCCUGCCGCCACGCCGGCUGCGCGGGGGAAACAAGAACCUGCUGCAGCCGCCCAAGUGGAGGUACAAGGAGCUGAAGGAGGAGAAGAAAGCGGCCAAGGAGGCGAAGAGCGAGGAGAAAAAGAAGAAAGGGGGAAAGAGAUGCUAA